UUGUAUAUGUUUACCUUUAUACUAGGUAUGAGUGGACAUCCAUUUGCGUAAUUUAUUAGUAUGAGAAAAAUGGUAAUCAUGGAAAGAUUUUUGUCUCUCGUCCCGUGGCUGGUAUCAGAUUUCGCAGUUCCUUAGGUUAUUGAUCUCUGUAACUCUGCCAGGUGUUUCGGCACUGACUCUGGUGUAGUGGUUAGCACGCUCGGCUCACAACUGAGAAGGCCCGGGUUUCGAACCCCGGGCGCGGCAAGGCAAAUGGGCAAACCUCUUAAUGUGUAGCCCCUGUCCACCUAGCAGCAAAUAGUAGUGGAGAAUGGCUGGCUAUGGAACGUCAGUAGGGGAGAGAUGUCGUUUCUGUGGCUUGGAUCUUCCUCCUGAUGCUGUCACAGUCAUGACGCACAUCAACACACACUGGCGACAGUUCAACCUGGAGACAUUCUCAUUAAGUCCCUGUGCCUUUGAACCUCAGUUAGACAUACGAGUGGGAAACACACCCAUCAACCCUGAGGAUCUGGAAGUCUCAACACACAUGGAACAAGGCUUCCAGUAUACUUACUCUCCACAAACUGAGCCUUCCAACUUGACAAUUAAUGGUGCAAGAUGUUCGCCACUAAAUCUGACUGGACGUCCAAAAUCUACUUCACCACUUUCCUCGCCUUUACCUGCACCACCACCCCCACCGCCCCCCACCAGUCACCAGACACCAGUAGGGGUGCAUUCAGGUCUGCUAACAAACAACUGUCACCAUCCAUAUUCCUUGGGGAUGUUGGGCACUCCUCAGGGACCUCCACAGAUGCAGCCAACACCCAUCCCUCAGAACAUUAAUAUGAUUUCACACAUUGAGCCUCAUGAGGAAGACUAUGAACUGAUGAAGAGAAAGCGACGACCUGAAAGAAAUUUAGAAACCAGGUGUCAUAUCUGCUGCAGGACAUUUUAUACAAAGGCUUCCUAUGAUGAACACAUGGACAGUCAUAUGAAAGAUAACGAAUAUAUUAUGAAUGCCCAGAUGGAUUCUGUUCAUGUGAUGCCAAAUGUCAUGUCCUGUGCAAUGCCAGAUAAACCCUACAAAUGUGCCAUGUGUGAUAGGGAAUUUGUAUAUAAAGAGGAACUCCUUGAACAUAAUGAAAGUCAUGAAGCAGCAAAACCGUACAAGUGUGACCUCUGUGGGGCAGGACUGUCACACAUCAGUGCCUUGCGCAGACACAGACUUGCACACACUGGUUACAAGCCCCACAGGUGUGAGAUUUGUGGUCGUAGUUUCUUCCAGAAGUGUGAUCUUCAGCGGCAUUAUUCAACUCACGGUAAAUCCAAGCAGUUUGAGUGUGGUGUGUGUAAAAAGAAAUAUUCAUCACUUCAUUUUCUUGAGAACCAUAAAUGUAAGGCUCCUGAGGAACCCAAACCCUUUAAAUGCAACAUCUGUGGUGAGGGUUGUGCUAACAAUAUGGCUUGGAGCUACCACAUGUGGAAACAUACAAAGAACCCUGUGUUUGUUCCUUUUCAGGAAAAAUUUAGUACACAUGCUGAACACUGCUAAUAUCUGUGCUUAGUAUUAAUGGAAACAAUUAUUCAAAUGCUUUCACCUACAGACAGGAUCAAGUGGAUGCCAAAUGAAAAGGAUUAUGUAGAUUAGAAAAAUUGUGUUGUGUGUUGUCUAGAUACUAAGAUGAAGGUACUUUGUAAUUUGAUUUUUCAUCCCUUGUAGAAUUCAUACAUCCUAUAAUUUAAGUAAAUUUUAAAUAACUUUUAGCCAUAAUCAGCAUUAUCAGUACAAUGUAGUGUAGGAUAAAGACAUCACUGAUCCCAUCAACAUUUUCCUACUCUUAUAAUCUAAGGUGUAUUUAUUUUCUGGUUUCUCAUUUUCUCUUACUUGACAUAUUUCUAGCUCAUCUGAUACCUUACUAUUAGAUAGGCUGCCUUCUGUUAUGUCUUUUGUUACAUAUUUAUUUUUUUCCCUAUCAAGCCUUGUUUAUUUGGCCUCUGUAUGAGAAGUGCUGUGAAUAUUUCAGGAGCUUCUGGUUGGAACACAGAAAGGACCUGGAACUAGAGGCACCACCACAUGGGGCUGAGCAGGUGUGCCAAGAUGCAGUACAUAUAUGCCUGAUGACAUGCACAACAUUGUUCACACUUUAUUGCAUGUUUUGUGUAUUAUGUGACUUGCAGUCUUUUCAAGAAGGGCUGACUGCUGCUUGGUUUCUGGGUUUUGGCUUUAUAGAAUUAGACUUAAUAUUUUAACUAUGCUAUAAUGUGUGUGAGUGAAGCUUAAAGUAAUGGAGAUGCUUGUGGCCAAACUAUCUAUGUAGAACUUGGUCUGCACAUUGGUGAUCUUGAAUGAAUGAUCUAUAUUAGCUAAUAUAUUUCCAAUGGACAGUAGAACAAGCUUGGCAGCUUCACCUGAUAUGCAGUGCAGUUCACAAUGGUGCUUUAAGUUUUGUGGCAGUUUGCUAAUUAAACUGGUGCUGCAGCUGGCUGUGGCCAUAUUUUGUCUUAUUUUUAUGAUCCUAAUGUUUAAUGGGAUUUUCUUAUUGUUUGGCAGCAUUCCAUAGUGGACUGGCUUAUACAGUAUUGGAGAAGUUUCUAAUAUUCAGUAUGGCAUACAUAACUUGUGUAAUGCUAAAUUAAAGGAACAGUAACAUGUAUACCAUCAUUAUCACCACCAUUUCAUUUAAUGUCCAUAUUUUCCUUUAUGGGAGCUAGGCAGCUUAUGAGUCUCACCCAGUGUUUGUGGUUGUAGACUAUCUGUUCUCUGGUGCUUAUCCUUCUUUUAUCUUCCUCCACAUAGUCUGUCUCCAGGUCUUCAGUUUUCUUACUAAUCUUCUUUCACCAACCUCCAUCUCCAGUACUCCACAGAGUAUAGCUCUCCUCCCUACUUCUGACAUAUCCGUAUUUCUGUUCCAUCUCAUUCUGCAGCACAUUCAUGUAUACUAUUGAGGCAAAGUAAUCCUCGGGAUAUAUUCAGUUAAUUUAUACUUGAAGAUCAUAAUGAAAUAAUUUACAGUAUUGAGUCAGUCAGCUCUCACCAACACUCCAGGUGUCAUGUUAGGUUUUUGUUUGUAUAUGUGCACAUAUUAAUCAAAACAAUGUUUUAGGUUAGAUUGUCACGUGUAUGAUAGAUGAAUACUCACCAUGAGCCCAAGGAAUCAUGGAAUAUUUUAAUCUCACAAUGCCUUUCCUUUACUAUUGAAGAGAAACCUAUAUGUGUGUGUGUUAUGAAAGAUAACAAUGGUAAUGAUCAGAGGAAUGAUUAUUUGAUUGCCAGAUAAGAGUUCCUCCUUGAAUUGCAUCAUCAUCAUCAUUGUCUUCUUAUUUUCCCUUUUUGGAUAGUGUGGCUCCAGAGUUUGCCACUUUUUGUGAGUACACAAUCUCUUCUCAGUGAAUUACACUUUAUCCUUACAUUGAAGAACACUUGCCUCUUUGUGUUUUAUCUGAGAAAUGAUGAGGUUAUUAAUUAAAAUGUUGGUGAAUGCAGAGGUGUAGCCAUGUUUAAUCUGAAAAAUCAAUGGCAACAUAUAAUGACUAAUAAUACAACCUGCUAUGUACUCCUUAUUGGAUAUUACAAUUCCAGGUAAGAUUUAAGCAACAGAAAAGCCUCUUCUCCGUUUCUUUCUUCUACUGUGAAGGAAAAGUACCCAAGAGAGGGAUUCUAAGCCCUCCAUCCUUCUCCUUGUUGGCCACCACCUUUUAACAUGCAGGCAAUGUGGAGAUGCAUUCAUUAAAUCCCCUUGUCUCAGGGAUACUAGGAGUAUAGUUUACAUACAAAUACGAGUAUAUGUGUUUUAUUCAAGUAUUUUGUGAGAGUGAGAAAUGUUUAAGAUUUCUUAAUUUCAUGAAAAUUAAUGUAGAAUGUAGUGAGCUAAUUACUAAUAGUGACAGGGCAUGGGACAGCAUCCUCAGAGUUUAUAUAUAUAUAUAUAUAUAUAUAUAUAUAUAUAUAUAUAUAUAUAUAUAUAUAUAUAUAUAUAUAUAUAUAUAUAUAUAUAUAUAUACAGUGUAUUUAUAACUGUAGCAUUCGAUUAUGUAAAAAAAAUAAAGACUGUUCAGUAUAUUCUUUGAAUUCAGUUGUUUAUGUUUGCUACUGUAUUAUUUUAAGGUUCAGGUAAGAUUGCCAUGGAUGUGUUAAUGUUGAAUUUAUUUUAGUGCAUGGAGUGGAGGCCCAGUGUAUAAAUUAUUUAUAAUGAAUGUACAGAUUAAAAUGACUAGUCAUGAAUUGUACCAAAGACGUUUAAUUAAUUUAAACAUGACCUAUGUAGUGUGUUUUAAGUUAAAUCUCUCAAGUUUAUAGAAAAGGAAAUAAAAAUUACUGAAGAAAC